ACCAAAGUGGAGGUUGGGCGACCAGUGUGACUGUGAAUGACAGUUCCACGAAGCUCUGUGAUAGAACAAGGAAGUGAUAGCUAUAKCGCCCGAGUUGGACGAGAAACAAGACGGUUCUUUUGAAUUUUUCCGCGAUUUCAGCCACUGAGAAUACAGCUUCUGAGGGCAUAUUCCUGCAGCCUCUUGGCCAUGUCUCCUGGGCCUUGCAUUAAGCUCACAGAAUGGAGCUGUAGGUCUGCAUGUUGGUCAUCAUCAUCGCUGUGAGACCUGCCCGUCUGUUGACUGCCCAGUGCCUGUUAUCGCCAAAUCAUGGCCCCCGUGCCACCUGGCAUCCGCUUCCUGGCAUCCUUCAACAGAGACCAGUGUCUCAUGGAGAUCAUACUUGCUCCACAGAGUGAGCUGCAUAAGAACUGCUCAGCGCUCCAUGAACUCUCCACGGCAGGUAGUAGGCAGCUGCCGAGCCUCCACACAGAGACCGACUGCAGCUGGAAACCCUUUGAUAAAAGCAACUAUAAGCAGCUUCUGGGAGCCAUGGACUACUCCUUCCUCUGUGCCUACGCUGUGGGAAUGUACCUCAGUGGCAUCAUCGGCGAGCGCCUGCCUAUUCGUCUGUACCUGACGUUCGGCAUGCUGAUGAGUGGCCUCUUCACCUGUCUGUUUGGUCUGGGCCGCAUCUACAACAUCCACAACCUCAGCUUCUAUAUAUUUGUCCAGGUGGCCAAUGGCUUGGUUCAGACUACUGGCUGGCCCAGUGUGGUCGCGUGCAUCGGGAACUGGUUUGGGAAGGGAAGGAGGGGUCUGAUCAGAAUGAAGGGCCAGAUCAUGAUCCAGAUCAUACUAAUCCCUAAACCUUAUUUAAACUGGAGGCGGUCUGAUCUCAUGGGCAUAUGGAACUCCCAUACCUCAGGGGGCAACUCUGGCUCUUUUGAUUCGCAAGGUUACUGCGGGUUCUCCUCCAAUGGGGCCUGUCCUUCAUCGUCCCCCGGCCUCGCAUCGCUGCCAUGGCGUGCGUCUGCUCUUCUCUUCCUCAUUCGAACGAUCCAAAUGAUUUUUAAAAGCGUCCAUGAUGUACAGAACGCUGCUUCCAACAACACUCUGACCAAUAGCUGGAAAGGGGUGAAUGGACAUAACCAGCUCUAUCAUUCGUACAAACAAGGAGGAAAAUCUCAGAACUGGGACACAGAGCUGCUGCUCCCUGUACAGCAGGUGGUGGUGGUGAAGAGCGAAUCAGAGCCCUCGGCCAUCAGCUUCAUGGGAGCGCUACGCAUACCGGGAGUGAUCGAGUUCUCUCUGUGUUUGCUGUUUGCCAAGCUGGUCAGCUACACCUUCCUCUUCUGGUUGCCGCUCUACAUCACGAAAGCAGCUCACCUAGAUGCCAAGACGGCCGGAGAGCUCUCCACUCUGUUUGACGUGGGAGGAAUUGUGGGGGGAAUCCUGGCUGGGGUCAUAUCUGAUAAGCUGGGAAAGAGGGCCACUACCUGUGCAGUGAUGCUGCUGCUGGCUGCUCCUACUCUUUAUGGAUUUUCUCUGAUCAGUGAGUUCGGACUGGGACCCACCAUCGGUAUGCUGCUGGUGUGUGGAGGGCUAGUGAAUGGACCAUAUGCCCUUAUUACAACAGCAGUGUCUGCUGAUCUGGGAACACACAAGAGCCUGAAGGGCAACUCCAGAGCCCUUUCUACUGUCACAGCCAUCAUCGAUGGCACAGGAUCAGUAGGUGCAGCGAUUGGCCCCCUCCUGGCAGGAGUGUUGUCGUCACGGGGAUGGAACCAGGUCUUCUACAUGCUGAUGGCAGCUGACUUCCUAGCACUGUUGCUGUUGCUGCGGCUGGUGACUAAAGAGCUGACCUCUUCUAACGUGGUUAAACCUCGGUCUGGCAGCACAACAGUAGAGAUGAAGGAGCACUAAGCACUUUGCACUAACUCCAGACAGAGGAGUGAACAGACUGUCCCUCAGCACAGACACACACGCUGCAUCUUAUACCACUAACCUGUACCUCCGUCCAGUAACUGAACUGAGCUAGUGUGAAGAAGCAGCAGCUCCUUAGAACUGAAUUCAAGCCGAUUGAAGAUUCGGUAACAAGAUAAUAAGCAACCAACCAAGCCAUCCAAAGUUCCUCUGAGCACGUACCACUAGAACGUUUGUUUUACUUGUUCUACAGCACACUGGGCCUUAAAAAUAUAUAUAUAUAUUUUACUGUCAGGUCUGCCUUAUGGAACCAAAGAUUGUGUGGAAAUGCAUUAUAAUUUAUAUGAAAUUAUGAUUAUAAUUUUUUWAAAGUUGGCAUUAUAUUAUUCUGUUCUGUGGUGUAUUUUCUCUGUAAAUGAAGUAUAUGCAGGUACUGAUAUGUUGUAUUUUUAUAUGAUCACCAAAUGAUGUUUAUUAUGUUUGGUGACUUCAAUCCUAUGAAUGUAACAUUUGUGAUUGAGUAUGAAAUUCUAUAUACCAACUCUAACUGAUGAGGAGGAUCAAUCAUUUCUCAAUAAGCUUUCUUUAGGCAGUGCAAUGUUGAAAACGAUAGUGAUGUUAUUUUAUGUAGAUGUAGAAUAUAUCAAAUGCCAUCAUCCCAAACCUUAAAUGCUCAUAUAAAGUGAGUUAAUUUAUUCUGCCUCUAGAAUGUGAACAUUUUGAAUGUGUUCCUUUUGACUAAUGCCUGCUAACUCAAGUCCUUUAGAGUGUAAAAAGCACAAAAUGCCAAAUGAGUGAAGAAAUGUAGGUGAUAAUCAUCUUUAAAAAAAAUWAUCUAUAUUCUUAACUUUCAUGAUGGCACAUGAUGCAGAGGCUGUGGUCAAUUCCAAUUCACUUCCUGUAUUAAACAGAAUUGAAAUGGAAUAGACCCCAUCCAACAUCAUGUCCAUUUUAUUUAUGUGGAGAUGGAGCACAUCUUGGUGGAAGAUAAAACGUUCAUCUAAGUGCUUCAGUGGUAGUACUUGAAAUACUGUGUGCCUUUUGUUGUUUUGUCGGGCAGUUGCUUUGUUCAGUUACGUAUAUGUGAGCCUUACUUGAUUACUAUAGCUACAUGGUCUUGGUGACAAUUGUAGAAUUGUAAUGACCUCUUGGUAUAUAAAUAAAAUAAAAAGAUGGCAUGUCUGCGUUACCAAA